CCAAGCGCACCCCCGGAAUUACUGCUGGCCGAUCGCAACGAGAGUUGGCUUUGACACCCCGACUCCGCAGACUACUGUGUGAACUCCGCAUCCCACCGCUGCUCCUCCAGCUCCGCCCACCCAACCGCGUCCAAUGUCGGAAAGCUAUGAUGUCGGUACCAGAGCGUGGCAGCCCGACCCGACCGAGGGCUGGGUUGCAUCCGAGGUCAUCAAAAAGACGAUAGACGGGUCAAAAGUCUUGCUCGAGUUCCAGUUAGAAAAUGGCGAGACCAAGACACUGGAGGUCUCCCUGGAGGCCCUCCAGUCUGGGAAUGACCCAUCGCUGCCACCGUUAAUGAAUCCUACCAUGCUCGAAGCCAGCGAUGACCUGACGAACCUCUCCCAUCUCAACGAGCCUGCCGUCCUCCAGGCGAUCCGGCUUCGCUAUCUCCAAAAAGAGAUCUACACAUACUCCGGCAUCGUGUUAAUAGCAACCAAUCCUUUCGCUCGGGUCGACUCCCUCUAUGUUCCGGGCAUGGUUCAGGUCUAUGCCGGGAAACAGCGGGCUACCCAGGCGCCUCACCUGUUCGCCAUUGCUGAGGAGGCCUUCAUGGACAUGUUGCGAGAUGGCAAGAACCAGACCAUUGUUGUCUCCGGUGAGUCCGGUGCCGGCAAGACUGUCAGCGCCAAGUACAUUAUGAGGUACUUCGCGACAAGAGAACCCCCCGACAGCCCGGGUUCGAGGGUGAAGAAGGGACCAGAGGCGAUGAGCAAGACGGAGGAGGCAAUUCUUGCGACGAACCCGAUUAUGGAAGCGUUCGGAAACGCCAAGACGACGAGAAACGACAACUCGUCGCGCUUCGGCAAGUACAUUGAGAUCAUGUUCGACAAGGGCACCAACAUCAUCGGUGCCAAGAUCAGGACAUAUCUUUUGGAACGGUCGAGAUUGGUCUUCCAGCCGCUCAAGGAGAGGAAUUACCACAUCUUCUACCAGCUGGUGGCCGGCGUGUCGGACAAGGAGCGCCAAGAGCUUGGCCUGUUGCCGAUUGAACAGUUCGAGUACCUCAACCAGGGCAACACUCCGACAAUCGACGGUGUGGACGACAAGGCGGAAUUUGUCGCGACGAAGCAGUCACUCAAGACGAUCGGCGUAAGCGAUGCGGACCAGGCCGAGAUUUUCAAGCUGCUCGCGGGCCUGCUGCACUUGGGCAACGUCAAGAUCGGCGCAUCCCGGAAUGACAGCACGCUCUCGGCGACUGAGCCGUCCUUGGUCAAGGCUUGCGACAUCCUCGGUAUUGACGCGCCCGAAUUCGCCAAGUGGAUCGUCAAGAAGCAACUCGUCACGCGCGGAGAAAAGAUCACGUCAAACUUGACCCAGGCGCAGGCUGUCGUCGUCAGGGACUCGGUUGCCAAGUUUAUCUACUCGAGCCUGUUCGACUGGUUGGUCGAUGUCAUCAACCGGAGUCUUGCAACAGAGGAAGUGCUCAACAGAGUCCAGUCGUUCAUUGGUGUGCUCGAUAUCUACGGUUUUGAGCACUUCGCCAAGAAUUCGUUUGAGCAAUUCUGUAUUAACUACGCCAACGAAAAGCUGCAGCAAGAGUUCAACCAGCAUGUCUUCAAGCUCGAGCAGGAGGAGUACCUCAGGGAACAGAUCGACUGGACCUUCAUUGACUUUGCCGAUAACCAGCCCUGCAUCGAUCUGAUCGAAGGCAAGCUCGGCAUCUUGUCGCUGCUGGACGAGGAAUCAAGACUGCCCAUGGGCUCUGACGAGCAAUUUGUGACAAAACUGCACCACCACUACGCCGCCGACAAAAACAAAUUCUACAAGAAGCCCAGAUUUGGCAAAUCCGCUUUCACCGUCUGCCACUAUGCGAUCGACGUUACGUACGAAUCGGAGGGCUUCAUCGAGAAGAACCGUGACACGGUUCCCGAUGAACACAUGGCAAUUCUUCGCGCCUCAACCAACAAAUUCCUCACUACGGUGCUAGACGCGGCCUCGCAGGUGCGGGAGAAGGACGUUGCCUCAGCAAGCUCGACGAAUGCGGUGAAGCCGGCGGCAGGAAGGAGGAUCGGUGUCGCUGUUAACCGCAAGCCGACACUGGGUGGCAUCUUCAAGUCGUCACUGAUUGAGCUCAUGAACACGAUUAACAGCACGGAUGUGCACUACAUCCGGUGUAUCAAGCCGAACGAGGCCAAGGAGUCGUGGAAGUUCGAGGGCCCCAUGGUGCUGAGCCAGCUCCGUGCUUGCGGUGUGCUGGAAACAGUUCGCAUUAGCACUGCAGGUUAUCCUACGAGGUGGACCUAUGAGGAGUUUGCGCUGCGCUACUACAUGCUGGUGCCGUCGUCGCAAUGGACCUCGGAGAUCAGGGAGAUGGCGAAGGCCAUCCUGAGCAAAGCCCUCGGCACCAGCACGGGCAAGGGCUUGGACAAGUAUCAGAUGGGCCUGACAAAGAUCUUCUUCAGGGCCGGCAUGCUGGCGUUCCUCGAGAAUCUGCGGACCAACCGCCUGAACGAGUGCGCCAUCAUGAUCCAGAAGAAUCUCAAGGCCAAGUACUACCGCAAGAGGUAUCUGGCCGCCCGGGACUCGAUUGUUGCCUUCCAGUCUGUGACGAGAGCCCACAAGGCGCGGAUGCAAGCUCAGGAGUUGCGGACACUCAAGGCUGCCAUCACGAUCCAGAGGGUGUGGCGUGGCCAGAAGCAGCGGAAACAGUUCCUGCGCAUCAGGAACGACGUCGUCCGCGCCCAGGCCGUCUUCAAGGGGUACCUGCGCCGGAAGGAGAUCAUGGAGACCCGGAUGGGCAACGCCGCACUCAUCAUCCAGCGGAACUGGCGGUCGCGGAGGCAAAUCCGGGCGUGGAGGGAAUACCGCAGGAAGGUUGUCAUCGUCCAGAGUCUAUGGCGCGGCAAGCGUGCUCGCAAGGACUACAAGGUCAUGCGUGCCGAAGCGCGCGACCUCAAGCAGAUCUCUUACAAGCUGGAGAACAAGGUGGUAGAGCUGACGCAGUCCCUGGGCACCAUGAAGGCGCAGAACAAGGAACUCAAGACGCAGGUGGAGAACUACGAAGGCCAGGUGACCAUCUGGAGGAACCGACACAAUGCGCUCGAGGCACGGGCCAAGGAGCUGCAGACCGAGGCCAACCAGGCCGGUAUCGCUGCGGCGCGCCUGGAGGCGAUGGAGGCCGAGAUGAAGAAGCUGCAGGCGAGCUUCGACGAGUCGGUGGCCAGCGUCAAGAGGAUGCAGGACGAGGAGCGGCAACUGCGGGACUCUCUGCGGGCUACGAGCUCGGAGCUCGAGGCUGCGCGCCAGGAGAGCCAGCGCCACGAGGCCGAGAAGAACUCGCUCCGGCAGCAGCUGCUCGAGCUCCAGGAAGCACUCGAGCAGGCGAGGAGAAACGCUCCCGUCAACGGCGAUCUUGUCAACGGCCAUUCUCCCGCUCCCGCUGCGCCCGCUGGUCUUAUCAACCUGGUGUCGUCUAAGAAGCCCAAGCGGCGGAGCGCGGGUGCUGAGGUUCGUGAGCUCGAUAGGUACAGCAUGGCCUACAACCCCCGCCCCGUCUCGAUGGCCGUGCCUGGCAUGAACCGCCAGACCACGCUCUCCGGGUCGACCUUCAUGCCGGGUGUUGAUAGCAUCGAGUUGGAGCUCGAGUCCCUGCUUGCCGACGAGGAGGGUCUCAACGAGGAAGUGACUCUGGGCCUGAUCCGCAACCUGCGGAUCCCGUCGCCGGGCAGCAACCCCCCGCCCUCGGACAAGGAGGUUCUCUUCCCCUCGUACCUCAUCAACCUGGUCACGUCGGAGAUGUGGAAUAACGGUUACGUCAAGGAGUCGGAGCGCUUCCUCGCCAACGUCAUGCAGUCGAUCCAGCAGGAGGUCAUGCAGCACGACGGCGACGAUGCCGUCAACCCUGGCGCCUUCUGGCUCUCUAACGUGCACGAGAUGCUCUCGUUCGUCUUCCUGGCGGAGGACUGGUACGAGGCCCAGAAGACGGACAACUACGAGUAUGAUCGCCUGCUUGAGAUUGUCAAGCACGACCUCGAGAGCCUCGAGUUCAACAUCUACCACACGUGGAUGAAGUCGCUCAAGCGGAAGCUCAACAAGAUGAUCAUUCCUGCCAUCAUCGAGUCGCAGUCCCUCCCCGGCUUCGUCACGAACGAGAACAACAGGUUCCUCGGCAAACUUCUGCAGGGUAGCAACCAGCCGGCGUACAGUAUGGACAACCUACUGUCGUUCCUCAACAGCGUAUUCCGCGCCAUGAAGGCUUACUACCUCGAGCACUCCAUCAUCAUGCAGGCCAUCACGGAGCUGCUCCGGCUUGUUGGCGUCACGGCGUUCAACGACCUGCUCAUGCGCAGGAACUUCCUCUCGUGGAAGCGUGGCCUGCAGAUCAACUAUAACAUCACCCGUAUCGAGGAGUGGUGCAAGAGCCAUGAGAUGCCCGAGGGCACUCUCCAGCUUGAGCAUUUGAUGCAAGCCACAAAGCUCCUGCAACUGAAGAAGGCCACCCUCAACGACAUCGAGAUCAUCCAGGAUAUCUGCUGGCUGCUCUCGCCGAACCAGAUUCAAAAGCUGCUUAACCAAUAUCUCGUCGCCGACUACGAACAGCCCAUCAACGGCGAGAUCAUGAAGGCCGUUGCGUCGCGCGUGACGGAGAAGAGCGAUGUCCUACUCCUCCCUGCUGUCGAUAUGGACGACAGCGGGAUGUACGAGAUUGCCGAGCCCAGAGUGAUCACCGCCCUGGAGACCUACACCCCAUCUUGGUUGCAAACCCCGCGCCUGAAGCGCCUCGCCGAGAUUGUCUCCCAACAGGCGAUCGCCCAACAGGAGAAGCUCGAGUAUGGCUCCCAGGUGGGCGAGGAAGCCGGCGACUAUGACGGCCAGAGCUUCAAUGACAUGACCGAGGUGGACGAACGCGACUACGGGCACGAGCAGGGCCAGCAGCGCCCGGGAUCUGUCGUGGCUGGCACCGCCUAGGAGGUGGCGACAUUCGCCCUGACGACAUUGUCUCAGUCUCAGUCUCAGCCUCAGCCUCAGCCUCAGCCUCAGCCUCAGCCUCAGCCUCAGCCUCACCCGCUCUUCCCGGCUGCUGUGUCCCCGCCGAGUACCACUUUACCCAGGCAAAGGCAGAGGCCUGCCUCGGUGCUG